AGAGAGAGAGAGAGAGAGAGAGAGAGAGAGAGAGAGAAGAGAGAGAGAGAGAGAGAGAGAGAGAGAAUCGGCUCACAGAUUUAGGGGGUGAAGUCAUGUUUGGAUUCUGCCUGACCCUCCUCUUGCUCCUCCCCCUUUCUCAGACCGCACCCCCUUCAGAUGCCCCGCCUGCUCAGCGCUGCGCGCGGUGCUGUGACCCCUUGGAGUACCAGUCUUCACCACCAGAGGGGGACGACACACCCCCAGCAGGGAAAUACAUUGUGCCGGAGAUCAGACCCUAUAUUAACAUGACCAUACUGAAAGGCGAGAAAGGAGACCGGGGCGAGAGAGGCACGCCGGGCAAAACAGCCAAAGACGGUCCGCCCGGAUCCCGAGGACCCCCGGGUCCCAAAGGCAGCAAGGGCCAGGCUGGCGCCCCGGGAGACGCCUGCAAGCAGCAGCAGCACGCCGCCUUUUCGGUCGGGCGCAAAAAAGCCCUCCACAGCGCCGAGGACUACCGGGCGCUGGUCUUCGACACGGUCUUCGUGAACCUCCACGAGCACUUCGACAUGUUCGAGGGGCGCUUCCACUGCCACCUGCCCGGCCUCUACUACUUCAACCUGAACCUCCACACCUGGAACUUCAAGGAGACGUACGUCCACGUCAUGCUGAACGAGCGGGCGCUGGUGAUCCUCUACGCCCAGCCCAGCGAGAGGUCCAUCAUGCAGAGCCAGAGCGUGAUGGCGCAGCUGGGCGCCGGCGACCAGGUCUGGGUGCGGCUCUACAGACGCGAGCGGGAGAACGCCAUGUACAGCGACUCCAACGACGUCUACAUCACCUUCAACGGCUACAUGAUCAAACCCGGUCCGGAAUGAGUCCCCCCCGGAGAAAUAGAGUGAAA